AUGGUGCAUAACAUCCUAAGUCAGGACGAGUUCCAAGACGCUCUGAAGAAGUAUCCGACUGUCGUUGUCGACUUUUACUCUACCAACAGUGACGAGUCCAAGAAGAUUGCUCCCACGUUUGCUCAUGCCAACGAGCUGGACAAAUUCAAGGACUUUCGGUUUGUCAAGGUGGAUAUCGAUGAUUUGAAGGCUCUGGCAGAAGAGGUCGGCGUCUCAAAGCCGGCAACUUUCCACCUGUACAAGAACGGCCAGAAGACGAACGAGCUGCAGAGCUAUCGCCAAGAUGAUCUCAUCAAGUUUUUAGAGACUGGCCUUUAG